UAAAAGAUCGCGUCCAUACUAACCCCAUUUUUUUCCUGCUUAUUCCUGCCGCCGUCUCUUCCCUCUAGGGUUUCAGCUGGUACUGGUAAGGAGGUAAGAAUUUCUAAAGACCAGGAAAAUGGUUCUCAAGACUGAACUGUGCCGUUUUAGUGGUGCUAAGAUAUACCCAGGAAAGGGCAUUAGAUUUGUUCGUGCUGAUUCCCAGGUCUUCCUUUUUUCGAACUCAAAAUGCAAGCGCUACUUUCACAACCGUCUGAAGCCUGCCAAGCUUACCUGGACAGCAAUGUAUAGGAAGCAGCACAAAAAGGAUAUUAGUGCUGAAGCUGUCAAGAAGAGGCGUCGUACAACCAAGAAGCCAUACUCAAGGUCAAUCGUUGGUGCUACUCUGGAAGUUAUCCAGAAGAGGAGAACUGAGAAGGCUGAAGUUCGUGAUGCUGCUCGAGAAGCAGCUUUACGUGAAAUCAAGGAGCGUAUAAAGAAGACCAAGGAUGAGAAGAAAGCCAAGAAGGCUGAGCUUAUGGCAAAGACCCAGAAGACCCAGCCUAAGGGUAAUAUACCAAAGGGAGGCAAAGGCCCUAAACUUGGUGGAGGUGGUGGAAAGCGUUGAAGUGUAACUUUUGUUGAUCUCAUCGCUGCUUUUUGUAGUUCAUUACUUCCUAAACCCAAUCUAUUCCAUUAGAGUACUUUUUUCCAACCCAUUUUCAUAUGAGUUUGUCUUUAGUUUACUGUUUACUUUGUUUUGCUUAUCGAUCUUAGGUGGAGGUGAAUCUAGUUUGUAUUAAGUUAUGUUUAUGAAAACGAGGUGCAAUAUGCUUUUAUUUUCAAACUUGCAGAUGCCUGAUUUUAUACGAGUUGGUCUUAAGUA